AUGGAAGUAGGAAAUCAGUCUGGAGUCUCAGAGUUCAUCCUCCUAGGCCUUUCAAAUGAGCCAGAGCAACAGAGGCUCCUGUUCUUCCUGUUCCUCCUUAUGUACCUAAUCACAGGGCUGGGGAACCUGCUCAUCAUGCUGGCUACUAGCACUGACUCCCGCCUCCACACCCCCAUGUACUUCUUCCUCAGUAACUUGUCCCUGGUUGAUAUCUGUUUCACCUCCACCACCAUUCCCAAGAUGCUGAAUAAUCACAUAACCAAAAACAGAACAAUCCCUUAUUCUGGGUGCCUGGCACAAGUAUUCUUUGUCAUUUGGUUUGGGGGGAUCGAUAGUGUCCUCCUCACUGCCAUGGCUUAUGACCGCUAUGUGGCUAUUUGUGCCCCACUACACUAUGGCACAAUCAUGACUCCAAAGGUUUGUGCCUUUCUGGUACUGUUGUCUUGGUCUUGGGCAUUUAUUAAUGCCUUGACACACACUGUCUUGCUGACCCGACUCUCCUUCUGUGGCCACAAUGAAAUCCCUCAUUUUUUCUGUGACCUCAGUUCCAUCCUAAAGUUAGCCUGCUCAGACACCUUCAUCAAUGACUGGAUAGUCAACACAGUGGGAGCACUAACAGUAUUUCUACCCUUUAUUGGAAUACUCAUUUCCUAUACACACAUUUUCAUGACUGUACUAAAGAUUUCAUCUGUGAGUGGGAAGCAGAAAGUGUUCUCCACCUGUGGAUCCCACCUCACUGUGGUCUGUCUCUUUUAUGGGACAAUCAUUGGGGUGUACUUCAGCCCCACAUCCACUCAUAUAACCCACCAAGAUACAGCAGCGGCUGUGAUGUCCACAGUGGUCGCCCCCAUGCUAAACCCUUUCAUCUACAGCCUAAGGAACAAAGACAUGAAAGGAGCCUUGAGGAUGCUCAUCACUAGGAAACCAGGAUUAACUCCAUGA